UUUUUGCGUAAGUUUUGAUCCGACUGUGUUGUCCGAAGGAACCGGCGAGUAAAAGACACUAAAUUCGGUGCAUAUUUAUACAGUUACAUAUAAGUUGUGUUGUUCAAUCGUACGGGAGUUUAAUCAAUUGCUUUUUGGAUACUCGUGGUAGCAUAAUAAGGAGGUACCGUAAGGAAAAUGUCAAACGAAACCAGCGGUGGUACCGAUGGCAACGUCGCCGCUGGAACUACAUCACCUGUUGCAACGGAAAGUUACCUCGCUCAGGAGGAACAGCCGGCAGAUGCCAGUUCCAGUGAUUUAGUUUCCGGCCUGGAAACUAAUCCGACGUCACCCAGCAGCCAACGACAAGCUAAUUCCUUGCUUACCGAUUCGGAAAACACGAACAACGAAAACCGGGUAAUCGAGAUGGAAAGUGUCGCAAAUUUGCCGGCGAGUGUGGAGGCAGAACCGUCGAGCGAUGUUUCUACGAAUGUGGAAAACAGUGAUUCCAGUGUAAAGGUUGAUGAAAAAUCCGAUGUAGUGGUAGAGCAGAGUAAAUCCGAAUCUGGCGAAGACAGUGCGGUUCCAGAAGGGGACAAAUAUGCUGAGCAUGUAACCUACAGUGAACAGGGAGAAGCAAUCUACACAGAUCCGGAGACUAGGUAUCGCUACAAGUGGUGCAAGGAGAAAAAUGAGUGGCUUCCGGAGGCUUCCACAGAGAAAACGGAUCCCUAUGAAAACGAACACUACCGAUGGUGCCACAAAAGUUCUCAGUGGCUUCCUAAAGAAAAUCCCAAGGAAACGGAUCAUUAUCGGUGGUGUGACAAAGCCAAUAAGUGGAUCCCGAAGGCAGAUCAAAAGGUUUCGGAAGAUGAUCGAACCUACAGUUUCGAAGAUGGUGUGCAUUUAUACACGGAUAAGGACGGAGCAGUUUACUUUUGGGACGAAGCGAAGAAAGCAUGGUUCCCUCGGGUGGAUGAUCAUUUCAUGGCUGUUUAUCAGUUGAAUUAUGGUUUUAUCGACAAUACUUCCGGUGGUGAUACUGACGUUUCCGCUCAGGUGGAGCCUGAAGAGCAGCUAAGUUCUAAGCAGGAAGCGCAACAGGAGGAAACUGAUGAGGAGGCGGUGAAGGUGAAGGGAAAGAAACGGAAGGCUCCUCCGGAACCGCCCAAAUGGUUCGAACUGAAGCAAGAGCACAACACCAAGGUGUAUGUGUCCAACAUGCCGCUUGAUAUCACCGAGGAAGAGUUCGCAGAGCUGAUGGGCAAGUGUGGCAUGGUUCUGAAGGACCCCAAAACGAACAAGCUGAAGCUGAAGCUGUAUCGCGACGCCAACGGGAUGCUGAAGGGCGAUGGGUUGUGUCAUUAUAUUAAGAUUGAGUCGGUGAACUUGGCGCUCGAUAUUCUGGACAGCUAUGACGUACGUGGUCACAAAAUCAGAGUACAGCGAGCUGAGUUUCAGCUUAAGGGCGAGUAUAACCCCUCGCUGAAGCCGAAGGUGAGGAAGAAGGAGAAGGAGAAGAUGCGUAAAAUGCAAGAAUCACUAUUCGACUGGCGCCCGGAGAAACUUCGGGGUGAACGCUCCAGGCAUGAGCGGAUCGUCAUUCUCAAGAAUCUGUUCGAGCCGGAGCUGUUCGAGCGAGAAGUCCAUCUGCUGCUAGAAUACCAGAACGAUCUGCGCGAGGAGUGCAACAAGUGCGGAACCUGUCGGCGGGUGGUGCUGUUCGAUCGGCACCCGGAAGGAGUGGCACAGGUCACGAUGAGUGACCCCGAAGAAGCCGAUCUGGUGGUGAAACUAAUGCACGGUCGCUUUUUCGGCAAGCGCAAGCUCACGGCGGAAAUUUGGGACGGCCGAACUAAGUAUAGAGUUGCUGAAACCGAAGCCGACACCAACAAGCGCUUGGGUAAUUGGGAAAAGUACUUGGAAAAGGAGGAGGAAGGAGUGGAAAAAAUUACCGAGAAACCCGUUGCAGCUGUACCGAAACCUGAAGGAGAAACUGAAGCCUCAGUAGAGCAAGGCGAGAGUCUGACUGGGCAGCAAGUACACUUAUCCAGUGAGAGGGAAAUUGAGGAGCCAACGUCGGGCGUCCCGACUGAAGAGGUUAAUGAACCAGCUGUGAAUGUAGAAGAUAAUCGGACGGAAAAGGAUUUGCCACAAGAACCAAUGGACUAGACAAUUCACUAGUUUAGGAUGUCGAUAAGGUAAAUAAAUGCUUUGAAAUUGUAUUAUUCUAUACCGAUUACGGCAAUGCAGCAGUAUAGGAAUCAA